UUAGGACAAUUUAUCGAACAAUCUCUAUACCUUGUCAACACUCAAUUUGCCUCAAAGCGUUUAAAAAAUUUCUUGCGAAAAUCUAUGUCAACUGUAACCUAUAAAUUUCAGUUUUGUCUCUGUUCACGGUGGUGACAUUCCCCAAUGGGGGGUGCGCGGGCGCGUCGGGUGACAACGGCACCUGCAUGACGGCGCGGGAGUGCUCCGCUAGGGGAGGCUCGGCCAAUGGCUACUGCGCCAACGGGUUUGGCCUGUGCUGUAUAUUCAUGACUUCUUGUGGCAGCACCACUUCGGAGAAUGGGACGUAUUUUGUAAACGCGGGGUACCCGUCCGGCCACGACGGAUCAGGGUCCUGUGAGCUCACCAUAGUGAAGAAUCAUCCUGAUGUUUGCCAAAUAAGGUUGGACUUCGACCGAUUCACCAUCGCUGGCCCAGAACAGAUAAAUCAUAUAUGUAACCAAGACCAAUUCAUCGUGUCAGGAGGGAACCCUAUACCGACUAUUUGCGGAGUAAACCAAGGCAGUCACAUGUACAUCGACGCCGGAAUCGGCACAACAAACCCAGUAAAACUGACAUUCGUCACCAGCGGCACCUCAUUUGAAAGAAUGUGGAAGGUCAAAGUGACGCAAAUACCCUGCAGCACCAUUUAUAGAGCCGAUGAAGGAUGUUUGCAAUAUUAUACUGGGGUCUCGGGCCAAGUGAAAUCCUUCAAUUAUGACCCGUCAUCAGGACUCCAGCUGAGUAAUCAAGAUUAUGGCAUAUGUAUACGGACGGAGAGAAACUUCUGCGGUAUUCAAUAUUCGGCAUGUCCGGACACAGUGAACAAUCGCUCGAAGGCCUUCACUCUGAGCGGUAACAGCAACAACCCAGUGAACUCGAUGAUCGGUUCGGGCCCUGGUCCGAACAACUGUGCCAACGACUGGCUGCUGAUCCCCUGCGCCGCCAACUUCGGGCGACUCCCACCAGCUCAGGCGCUGUGUACAGACAGGAUCUGCGGAGGCACCUUCUCCGCCGACCUCUCCAUGCAAGCGUCGGCUGUUAUCAGUACGGUAAAACCUUUUCGGAUGUACUUCCACACCGACAGCGUCGAAGCACCAAUAGAUGUGGGAAAUAGGGGAUUCUGCCUCAAUUACGUCCAGCAACCAUGCACUAACAAUUUAGUUUAGUUCACGUAAUAUACAAAUAAAGUGUAUUUUAGUUGAAUAAUGAUUUAGUUUUAGUCCCGAAAUGAAAUGACAUGAACAUGAAAUUAAAUA